CUCUGUGAAUCCCUGUAUAUUUAUAGCACUAGGAUGCAGACGUUAGCACCCACCUCCAAGCAGCUUCACACGCUAGCUCUCGCUUAAAACCCUUGCCGCUGGUUCUUGCAAUCUCUCCCUCUCCUGCCUUUGAUACUGUUAUGGGAACCGAGGCGGUGUCAGCCCGUCACUUGGAAGCCAUAUGGAAACCGCACGUUGCCGUUCUGCCAAGCCCCGGCUUGGGUCACGUGACACCUCUCUUUGAGCUGGCGCUGCGCCUUGUGACCCACCACGGCUUUCGCGUCAGCUUCCUCAACAUCACCACCGAAGCCUCCGCCGCUCAAAACCAACUGCUGCACUCCCCACGCCUCCCUCCCGACCUCCACAUCGUUGAUCUCCCACCUGCUGACGUGUCCACCCUCGUGUCCCCGGAGACCACCGUCGUCGCCCGUCUCUCUAUCAUCGCGCAGCAAAGCUUGCUCUGCUUGGAAGCACUCCUAGCAGAACUUACCCCCAAGCCUCGAGCUCUCAUCAUUGAUCUCUUUUGCACCCAAGCUUUUGAUGCCUGCAAGCGGCUUUCCAUCCCCACCUUCACGUUUUUCACCCCUUCUUCCCACUUGCUUGCUUUCUCCUUGUUUCUUCCCAGGCUUGACCGGGAAGUUGAGGGAGAGUUCGUGGACCUUCCUCAACCCGUUGAGGUCCCCGGUUGCGCACCCAUCCGAACCCAAGACUUGUUAGACCAGGUCCGGAAUCGCAAGAUUGAUGAAUACAAAUGGUAUCUCUACCACCUCAGCCGCCUUCCCAUGGCCGCUGGCAUUUUACUUAACACCUGGGUGGAUCUCGAACCCGUCACCCUCACAGCUCUGAGAGAGCACUCAUUCUACCGGCAGAUACCAACUCCGCCAGUUUACCCGGUUGGACCGAUCAUCAAAGAAGCCGGAGCCGAGCGUGUGGCUUGGCUUGACAGACAACCUCCUGAGUCGGUGCUGUUGGUGACACUUGGCAGCGGGGGUACUCUGAGUGGGGAACAAGUGAUUGAGCUGGCUUGGGGUUUAGAACUGAGUCAGCAACGGUUCAUCUGGGUGGUUCGAACGCCGAGCGACGCGAAUGCAUGUGCCACGUUUUUCAGCGCGGGAAGCGAUGCCGACGACCCCAAAUCGUAUUUGCCGGAGGGUUUUGAGGAGAGGAUCGGAGAAAGGGGGUUGGUGGUGCCGUCGUGGUGUCCGCAAGUGGAGAUUCUAGGUCAUGCAUCGACCGGAGGGUUCCUGUCUCACUGCGGGUGGAACUCGACGCUGGAGAGCGUGGCAAACGGAGUGCCGAUGAUCGCGUGGCCGCUUUACGCGGAGCAGAGGAUGAACGCGACGAUGCUGGUGGAACAAGUUGGGAUGGCAGUCAGAGCAGGCGAGAGUGAUGGAGGCGUAAUUGGAAGGAAGGAGAUAGAGAAAGCGGUGAGGGUGAUGUUAGAAGGUGAAGAAGGGAAGGCCGUGAGACGCAAGGCCAAAGAGUUGAAGCAGAGGGCUACUGAAACGUUACGCAAUGGCGGAUCCUCGUACGAGUCGCUGGUUUCUCUGGCUGACCUGUGGAAGGCCUCAUGCGCGGAGUAAUACAUGCAGAGGCUGGAGGUUGAUCAUGCUGGUUCCGCUGGUUCCUUCCAUCUUUAAUUUUAGACUUUACUGAGAUACAGGGGUUCAUAAUAAUGCUUCGUGCUUGAAUAAACUGAAGACAGAUAACAAGAAUAAUUGCAGGCAGAUGACAGAGUGUGCCUCAGCAUUUGUAUU